UGUAUAUGUAGUUAUAUCAGACAGUAUACACUGCUCUGUAUAACCUCUAGCCUCAGUUAGUCAGUACUAUGUAUAUGUAGUUAUAUGUACAGAUCAGACAGUAUACACUGCUCUAUAUAACCUCUAGCUGUUUAGAAAAGCGCCGGGACAAUAUCUGUCUUUUAAAUCAACUUCACUUCUCACUUGGUACUAAAAGGGGUGGGAAAUAAGGCUAGGGUGUGUCAAGUAACACUUUUCAUAGCAGCCAAUCAGCAGUUAUCAGUGACGGGAGGGAGGGUCUACUUUGGUGGAUAUAGAAUUGCGGGUGUCCCUGUCUGUACACUAAUUAGUUAGUUGCACAGAUCGGAUAUUGUAUUUUGCAAAUUUGCAAUCAGUCAGCGCUAUGGAUGUAUUAAACUCUCUACAGAUAUUCUCUGUUAUCGGCAUUUUUAUACAACCGACCUGCAUCCGAUUCUGUUUCCUCUGGGCCUUGGACUUGUGUGCACUUGUAGAAACCCGUCAUGUCCGUGUUGGGUCAGAUAUAUCCCUCUGUGGCUUGAGGUGUCCUAACACAAACGGUGUGCUGGAGCUGUACACUAAACCAGGGAGUGUUUUGCUAGAGCUGAGCUGUCAAAAUGAUGACUACACCAUCCAUCCAAAUUUCAUAAACAGACUUGACCUGAACAUCUCCAGUGGCUGCUGUGUGCUGAGAGAGGCUCAGAAGAAGGACACCUGUGUGUAUGAGAUUGAGUUCCACAGCAGCCCAGCAAGGAUACUGAGCUCUACACCCAUCACUGUAAUAGAACCGGUUGUGAUAUCUAACGUAACCACUAACACCAGUGAGUCAGGGUCAGACAUCUCUCUGCAUGUCCUGUUCUCUGGAGAAGAGACCACUGUGACCUGGGAGGUGGAUAGAGGAGAAGUCCCUGAUAGAUACCAGCUGAGAGACCAAAACAGGACGCUGAUUAUCCCAAGUGCACAGAAGGAAGAUGCUGGAAAGAGAUUCAUGGUCAGGGUGACAAACCUAGUCAGUGAGGGGACCUGGGAACAUGUGCUGGAGAUCAGAGAUAAUACUCCAACUGGCGUCAUUUCAUACUUUUACCGUAACAGAACAAAAGGUUUUAUCCCGUGUGGAGCUGCUCUGUUUGUAUUUACGUGCUGUGUUCUCUAUCUGGUUACGAACUAUAAAAGAGAUUCUCCUAUGAGUAAUCAAAGGAUUGAUCUGGUUUCCGCCACGUGAAGAUGGUGCUAUUUCUUAUAUUUUUAUGUGUGAAUGAAAUAAUAUGAAGAUCCAUCUGGAAGUCCUUUAGCUUAAGCAGCUGGCGGAUCAGCGUCCUAAUGAACAUUACUUGUCUGUACUAGCAGUGGGUAUCUGAUGAUCUCACGCUACUGCUUGUUACAGCAGCUCCACUGCAGGUCACAGAGGGUGUAUACACAGCACCUUACGUCUAAUCUUUGUAGACAUUUUAUUUUUACUGUUUUUCUUUCUUUUUUCCUUAAACUCUUUCAGUUAUUUGUAAGUUAUUUUUAAAAAAUGUAUGUGUAAAUGUAGUGUGUCUUCCAGGUACUGCAUUGCACAGCACAUACACAUAGCUGUGCAACAGCCACUAGGGGGCGCCUUCUUUUUUGUUCUUUUGUUGCAGAUAGGGAUGGGAGAAUGUGCUGAACAAAUAGUCCUGUGGACAUUCGCUUUGGACAAUCAAAUGUUGAUAAGAAUAAAUAUUCAUUAAAAUUCGUUUUUUGAAUGUUACUUUCGUUUUCGAAUGUUCAUAAUUAGAUUGAAUAUCCACAUUAAAAAUUUCGAAUGUAACAUUCGAUUUAACAAAUACUAUUCAGAAGUUCAUGGGGUAGGGAAUUUAGUAAACGGAUAAUUAAUAGAUACAAAUAUAUCAAUUUUAAUGUUUUUAUUUCGAAUAUUGCAUUUAAAGAGAGCAUUAGAAAUACUAUUACAAAUAUAUUGAUUAGAAUUUUUAGACUUUGAAUAUGCAUAAUGCGAAUCAAAUUAUUAGAAAAAUUCAUAUCAAAUAUUACAUUUAAAGAAAGCAUUAGAAAUACUAUUGCACUCAUCAUUCGAAAUGAACAAACGAAUGUGUUAAUAUUUGUUUCAUUUUUCGAAUGUUGCAAAUCAUUUGCCCAUCCCUAGUUGCAGAGUGAAUGGAAUGUUAAAAAUAAUAAGAGCAGCCGUAAUGCCAAGUUUGCCCUCAGCAAUGGUAUCUUUAAAUAAUCUGGGUCUCAGAUGUACAAAGACUUUGGUUUAUUGUUUUGAUUUAUAAUUGUUUCUCUGAUUUGUGCACUGUUUUCACUUAUUUUGAGCCCCCUUGAUUUCCUAGGUAUAGUGACUUUGGAAGUUUCAUGCUUAAAUUAACACAAAAGCCUUUUUUUUCUUUUGUUGCUUCUAAAAUAGAUUUUAAAAUCUGUUUUAUGUUUAAAAAAAUAAAUAAAAUUUAUUUAAAUGGCACAGACAAUGUAACACAUAAAAAGAUAAAAGAGUAAUACUAAAGAUGAAACGAAUUGUAUGAAAUCAUAUAUUGUAUAGAAAUAAAGUGAGACUACUUGUG